CAAAACCUCCGUCAAAAUGCCCGACUAGCAAAAGCUCCCCUCCACGGCUCCCUAGUCUCGCUCAUCCAGCCAGCGCCACCCAGCGCCUCCCAGUGCGGCCCAACAACCUGUCACAUAGACCUGUACAAAACCGGCCUGGCCCACCCGGCCCGCCCAACCGGCCCGCACAAAUGGGCGGGCUUGGGCAUAUAUAUUUACCCAUCGGGCCGGCCCGAGCCCGGCCCGCAAUAACAUAUGGGCGGGCUUGGGUUAGGGUGUAGGCCCGUUCGGGCCGAUAAGCCCGGCCCGCUACAUUUAGUGUAUAUAUAAAUAUAUAUACACACACUAAUUUAUUUAUUUAUAUACAUGUACACAUGUAUAUUUAUAUUUACUAAUAUAAUUUACCUUUAUUCAUAUUUAUAGUUUAUUAUAUGUAAAUUUAAGUUUUUAGUUCUUAACAACUAGCCCAACUAAUAUAGUAUCUAUUUUUGUACUUAAAGAUAAUACUUUUUGCUUGAAAUUUAAAUUUUAGAUAUAGUUUCUCAUAAUUAUUUUUAUGUAAGUAUUAUUUUUGUAUGUGGGGAAAGGCCUAUAAAUAUUAUAAGCGUAUUAACAAUUUUUUAAAUGUUGUCAUAUUAUUUUUAAAGUAUUAAAAAAAUUAUAUAAUUUAGAAAAAAUUAAACUUUUCCGGGCCGGGAGGCCCGGUGGAUUACCCGGCCCGCUCUUACGGGCGGGUAUGGACAUGGAGUUAGGCCCGUUUUUGUGGGCCGGACCCGCCACACAUGAUGGGCAAAAAAUUUAUAAAAGCCCGGCCCGAGCCCGGCCCGAACCCGUUUUUGUGCACGUCUACUGUCACAACCGGAAUCGGUCCCUGCAAAAUGAAGACCACAGAUCUGAAUCGCCAUCACAGAUCUGAAAUCAAUAAUAGAUGUGAAGCUAUUGAACAUAGACGAAGAAGAGAAGCUGCGAAGAAGGUGAAGAUGAAGCUCCUGUCUGUGUAGCAGACCGUCGCCGUCACUUUUUCGUCGACGUCGUACUGGUGGUCGCCGUCUUCUCCGAUGGUGUCGCACUGGUGGUCUUUUUUUCUUCGAUGGCUUUGCGAUGGUAGAUGAUGAAGGUGAGAAGCAGGGAUGGUGAAGAGGAGAGAAGAAAACAUAGCUCAUUUGUGUUCGUUCGCGUUAGAAGAGGGAAAGAAGAUAAGGUAGCGGAAGAGUUGAAUGGUUACAUUUUUGCCCCAAUCAAGUUUACUGAUAUUCGUGUCCACACAAACUCCUGGACUUAUACAGGCGUCAUUCUUUCAAAAAAAAAAUGCAUUUGCCGGAUAAGCACAUGUUGAAGCGUGUGGGUCAGGGGUGACGCAGAUCCGGAACGAACUUAUCUUAUUUCAACGCCUCCGAUCGUUCCACGUUUAUUCCGCUCGUGUUCUCAGAUCCUUCCUUCUCUCCACCUGUUUCUCUUCCCGUCGUUGUCUCGCCGAUUUCCCAGUGGCAGUCGGCGUAAUUAAGCAACAAAUCUCUGUCUGUUUCCUUAACCUGGCCGUCCUUUCACUUCCUCCCAUGUACACAGUACACACACUCUCUCUAUAUAUAUAAACUGUCUCUCUCUAAAUAUGUAGAGGUACACAGAAAAUUGCCAAAGGAUGGGAAAUGUGAACGGCAGAGAAGACUGGAUUUCCGGCUCCGGCGAUGAGGUAUCGAUGAGAUCCGGUGGCGAAUCCAGCAUGCUUGAUCAGGCGCCUACUUCAGCUGACCUCAUGUACCACUCUCCAUCGCCUCUCUUGUUCGCUCCACAGGUUCCAGUAGUGCCACUGCAACCACUAGGGGGCAAUGCUGCUCCUGUUACCAAUCAAAUGUGGUCAUCCACCGAGCUUCACGGUACUGCCAAUCAUAUUCCCGAGGAGGGCAUACCUACUCUGUUAACUUGGAGUUAUGGCGGCAACAAUGUGACAGUAGAAGGAUCUUGGGAUGAUUGGAGGUCAAGGAAGGUACUCCAGAGAUCAGGCAAGGAUCACGCUAUUCUCUUGGUCCUCCCAUCUGGUGUAUAUCAUUACAAAUUUAUUGUGGAUGGUGAGGUUAGAUAUAUCGCAGAACUCCCCAGUGUACCAGACGAGAUGGGUCGAUUCUGUAAUAUUCUCGAUGUUAAUGAUAAUGUGCCAGAGAACCUGCAUAGCGUUUCGGAAUUUGAGGCCCCAGCAUCACCUGAAUCAACCUAUGAUCAAGCAUUUCUAGGAGAGGAGGAUUUCGUAAAGGAUCCAAUGUUGGUUCCUCCUCAACUCCAUCUAACUGUUCUUGAUUCAGAAAAUACAGAUGGAACAGAUGCUUCUUCCAAGCCCCAGCAUGUGGUGCUUAACCACCUUUUCGUAGAGAAAGAAUUGCCGUCAUCACAGUCUGUGGUUGCUCUUGGUCUGACCCAUAGGUUCCAGUCCAAAUAUGUCACAGUUGUCCUCUAUAAGCCGCUAAAGAGGUAAAAUACCUAAUCUCUGGGGUUGUGGAAAUGCUCACUCGUUUUCUGAUUUUGGACAACUCUUGAAGUGUUUUUAACUCCCCAACUAAUUCACGUAUGUCUUUUCUCUCCCUCUCCAUCUGUACAUCUCUGAUCUCAUCAUGCGUUACUCCUCCUCUCUUAUGUACAAAUGCAACAAUAUCAUUACCUGCAUUUAACCAUCCUAACCGUGUGUCUUCAUUUAUUGGCUCUAUCGUGUGCACGUUUCCCUUGCAAAAUAAAGAGCUUGAUUUUGUUAUCUUUUACUCUUGUUUUUUUGGGGGUGUGUCUUGUGUGUGUGUGUGUGUUUUCAUGAAAUGUGGAGUCCAGUCCAUGUGUAUACCUAAUAUCGGCAUUCUCCUUGUACAUCGUUGAGAUGCCACAUUACUGAAUGUCUGAACACUAAAUCUAUUUGCAUUUUGUGUAUAAUUCGCUUUACUACUCCUUGCUUGGUAUUUUUGCAAAUUCGUAUAGUAUUUCAAUCAUCCGUUGUCUCUUUACGAAGCUAAAUUGUACGAAUUGUAUUUGAAAAAAGGCAAAGCCUUGUUGAAAGUUGAACAAGAAUAAUUACAAGGAAUCCUAGAUCUCUUGUAAUGUGCAUGUGAGAGGAAUUUUCACUUCUGGUCCAAUAUCUAAUUUUCACUUUUAGUCUUUGACUUUCAUCCUUUCACGUCUUGUGCAAUACUUACACUUCGUUAAUGUUUAUGCAUUUAUCAUGUGGAAAUUAACCAGCAAGAGGACCAAUAAUGGCAAGUAAUCCAUAAUCAAUAUGAGCAAAAGUGGAGUUCUUCCCAUGUGAUACUAUCAGCAACGUUGGUUGAUGGUGUAGAUGUGUAGUCCGCAUGGCGCAUAUUAGCCUUCGGUCUACCCCAAAUUUCUAAACAUCAUACGUGUAUAUUACUAAUGUAUAAUUUUUGUGUAAAAAUCUAUUCAAAAAAUAUUUUUAUCGGCUCAGCAGUCAAUCCAAUGUUAGACAAUAUACUCUUUCCGUCUCACAAAAUUCUUCCCACUUGCCAUUUUGGGAUGUGCAAAAAAAAUCUUCUCAUUUUCCUUUUUGG